CUAAAAGCCGGUAAGAUGCGGCUAUAGAUGAGCGCAUUUACAGCAAUCAAGGGCCACUCUGCCGGGUUGCUUACUUAUUCAAGCUUCGCAUCGCCGCGAAAGGGAUGGAAAGGCAGCUGACAUCACUUGGGGCGGGGCCGCGAGUCCUGUGAAAAGUCGGUGGGACUCGAGCAGCAGCCUCAGCUGCCUUGCACAGUCUCGCCAUGAGCUGCCGCAACUGCUCCGACCCCCAGGUCCUUUGCAGCUCCGGGCAGCUGUUCCUGCAGCCCCUCUGGGACCACCUGAGGAGCUGGGAGGCCCUCCUACAGUCGCCCUUCUUCCCAGUCAUCUUCUCCAUCACCACAUACGUGGGCUUUUGCCUGCCCUUCGUAGUCCUGGAUAUCCUGUGCUCCUGGGUGCCCGCCCUGCGGCGCUACAAGAUCCACCCUGACUUCUCGCCCUCCGCGCGGCAGCUGCUACCUUGCCUGGGGCAGACCCUCUACCAGCAUGUGAUGUUUGUGUUCCCUGUGACGCUGCUGCAUUGGGUCCGCAGCCCGGCCCUCCUGCCCCAUGAAGCUCCCGAGCUGCUCCUGCUGCUGUACCACAUCCUGUUCUGCCUGCUACUCUUCGACAUGGAGUUCUUCGUGUGGCACCUGCUGCACCACAAGGUGCCCUGGCUGUACCGCACCUUCCACAAGGUGCACCACCAGAACUCGUCCUCGUUCGCGCUGGCAACGCAGUAUAUGAGCGUCUGGGAACUGUUUUCUUUGGGCUUCUUCGACAUGAUGAACGUCACGCUGCUCGGGUGCCACCCGCUCACCACCCUGACCUUCCACGUGGUCAACAUCUGGCUGUCAGUGGAGGACCACUCCGGCUACAACUUCCCUUGGUCCACUCACAGACUGGUGCCCUUCGGGUGGUACGGGGGUGUGGUGCACCACGACCUGCAUCACUCUCACUUUAACUGCAACUUCGCUCCGUACUUUACACACUGGGACAAAAUACUGGGAACACUGCGGACUGCAUCUGUCCCAGGGCGGUGAUGUGGCUGCGGUGGGUGCCCCUAAGACUCGGGACUGCUGUGCCUUUCACACUUGAAUGAAGAGAAACACCUGAGCUAUAUAUUUUUUUAAAGCAACUAACUUAUUAACCGUUGAAAACCAUAGAUAAAACCUGAUGCAUUUUUGUAAUCUGACAAAGUAAUUUACAUACUGUUUGUGUAUCAAUACAAUUUUGUGUUCUUGGUAUUCUUAGUCUAGCUCACCUCAAUAGCCUUGAAUCCUGGAUAUGAAUCAGACAUUCAUAACUGGCAUAUUUAGAGUAUCUCUAAAAGGACUUGUUUGUAGAGUAAGGAAUUUUCUAUGUUUCAAAGUGUUCUAAAACCUGGCUAAAAGAAGGUGUUUUUGUGGAUGGUGUUGACUUCUGACUCUAAAAGCAAUCAAACAUGUUUCUGCUGGAUAGUGACCAAGAUUAUAGUACCUUCUUAUAUUUUUUAUAGAACUGUAUAUUUAUUUUGAAAGAAAUGUUAUUCGUGCUUUAAAAAAGAAAAAAAAAAGAACAUGAAUCAAAUAAGUAUU